CACCACCUCUUCUUACUAACGGUAACCUCUUGCCUUCUCCCUACAGCUUGACAAGUACCAAACCGUUACUACUUACAUUCCUCCUCGAUAAACAAGUACGUACCCUAUAUAAUCAACUAUCCAAAAAAUAACCACAAAAAAAAAAGUUAAGAAAAUUCCAUUGAAGCUUCUAUCCACCAAACUAGGCUUCAAAAGAAAACAAAUGACCUAAUAUAAGAGGAUGAGGAUGAUCCCAGUCAACAGGUAAAGCAGCACUAUUAUAAACAUGUUUAGCAAUCCCAUGCGCCACUUGGUUGCAUAAUCUUUUAAAACAAACAGUUGAAGAGAAAAAGGAAAAGCAUAAGUUGUCUAAUGUUCUACACAAUAAGAUUGGAAUUUGAGACUUGUUAUUCACUAUAAUCGGUGAAAAUUGUUUCUCUUUUUUCUUUUGUGUAGUGAUUAUUGCAAAAUAUAUCUCAUACCAGGUUUGAUUUGUCAAACGAAAUAAAAAAGGGGUACACAUAAUAAUUUUAUCAUAUCACAUGCUACCCUAAAGUUGUCAUUAUGCUUGAAAUUAUUGGAGGUCCUUUCAUGGCAAAUUCUGGAAGCGUGCUGUAUAAUAAUUCGAAAAUAAAAUAAAUGAUGAAAUUAAUAAACGAAAAAACACAAAGAGACCCUUAUGUCAGAAGAGUGUGUACCUAUAAGAAAGAGUAGGCAUAUACAUGACAAACUACAUUAAAUGUUCAAAAAAAAGAAAAAACAAAUUCAUUGAUUGUUUCAGUCGGUCGAAGCAACAAAUGCCAUGAGUCGUGUAUUUAAAUUGAAAAUGAAAGUAGGAUGAGCAGUAUCUUAUCACUGCGCCAUUUUUAUGGCCUUGUACAGAAAUUGACAAACCACUGAUGGGGGCCUUUCCUUUCUCUCUGCCAAAUACAUUUGGGGUCACAAGUUUACCUCCAUCUUCCUCCCUAAUACCCUACUGAUCACCAAUCCUCAAAUCAACUUGUUUAUUUUCUUUAUUUCAUUUUCUCUUAUAUAUAUAUAUAUAUAUCUUUUUCAGGGACUAUUAUGAAUUCUUAGCUAUUGUUCUCAAACUGUGAAUUAUUUCUUUAUGUCACCAGAUAUUCCAAUCUAAUCUAUUCCGGGAUUUGACAAGGUCUUUAGCUGUCAGGUACAUUGUUGACGAACCAGGAGAGUUUUGGGAGCUGAUUUGCUGGGAGAGGAGAGAUUCUGGAGAGCAAUAACCACUAAGAGGUUUUUGUGGUUUUUCAUGUGGUUAUUGCGUGCCUGUCAAUGAAACGAGCUCCAAAAGGUGUUUGCUUGUUUGCUCAAAACUAUGGGGUUUAAGGGGGAUAUUGAAUUUUUAAAGAGAUUUGAAUACUUGGCUUCAAAUAUAGGAAUGUAGGUUUUGGGGAUUUUUAUUCUUCAAAGCAUCUGGGAUGGUUAGUUGGUGUAUAUCAUUAAUGUGGGCUAGUGAAUACGUUACCCAAUGUGAAGUCAAAUUUGAUUAUAACUAAGCUGAUUGCCAUGUGGGACGCUGUGCAAGAAAUUGCCAUUUACAUCCAUAAGUUUCACAACCUUGACCUUUUCCAACAAGGAUUCUAUCAAAUCAAGGUUAGCAUGAGAUGGGAAGAUAAUGCAUAUACUACUUUGGGAACUCCUGCCAGGGUUGUUCAGUAUGAAGCUAAUGACUUGGGUUCUAAUGACAUUUGUGGGACAUGGAGGAUCAAUGAUAUAGACAAUAGUUUCUUAACACAGCCCUUUCGGAUUAAAUAUGCGAGGCAGGAUGUUUGUUUAUCUGUCAUGGUUUCGUUCGUUCUAUCUCUAAGUAAAUAUAAGGUUCCACCCACAUCUGCUGUUAUUUUGAAAUUUGAGCUUAUACAUGCCCCCAUGACAGAGAAUAGGCUUGAGUUGUUAGCAUACCUGGAAGCUUCCUCUGUCGCAGUCCAUGAAUUUCGAAUUCCUCCUAAAGCUCUUCUGGGAUUGCAUUCAUACUGCCCUAUCCAUUUUGAUGUGUUUCAUGCUGUGCUCGUCGAAGCAAGUGUCCAUCUCAGUCUACUGAAAGCAGGAUACUACCCAAAGAUAUCCAGUGAUCCUUACCAAGUUGAAGAUGUUGCUGGCGAAAUAAUUGAAAUGUCGAAUCAAGCAGUGGGUCCGGCGGAUUUUGUCGGCAUGAACCAGAUCAUGCUCGUUAAAUCAUUAUUAGUAUCACGUGAUGCUUUACUGGGAGAGCUACAGAGACUUAGCAAAUCCAUCGACCAAGUAAUUGAUUUAACUGAUUUUAUAGCCAAAAUGAAUGAUGUGAAGAUGUUUGAUUCUAUCCUAAGAGCAGAUCUGGGUACUGCAUAUGGUGAAGUUGGGGGGCAACACAAAAAGCAAAAUGAUUUCAAGGUCCCAAAUAGUGAUAAGCUGCCCUACUUUCUACCAAAGGAAGCUGUAGGGGACAUUUUUCAUUUGCUGGGUGCUCAAAUAUCAUACUUGUGGAGCACUUUUCUGCAGUUUCAUAGGGCAAAUAAAAUAAAGAUUUUGGAAUGUCUGCGUGAUGCCUGGGCUAAGGACCGCAGAGCUGAAUGGUCAAUUUGGAUGGUUUACUCUAAGGUUGAGAUGCCUCAUCAUUACAUAAGUAGUGGGAGUCAUGAUUCUUCCCACCAUAUUGUUGACAAAAGAGUUUCGAGUUUCUGGAAGUUAGCUAAUGAUCCUGUCCAGACUGCAGCUACUCGUGCUGAGCUUCAUCGUCGAAGUAUUGGCCAAAUGAGGAUUAAUACUCGGUCAAUUCAAGAUAUGUAUAUAUUUGGAGAUCCUCUACGGAUUCCUAUUAUCUUUGUGGAGCGUGUCAUAAAUGCACCACGCCGUACUCUUAGUGAGAAUUCUUAUUUUAGAGAUUUGGACCUGAUAGAUUCACCUGGCUUACUCUCCGAACCUGGUACUGAAGCACUAAGGAAGAUCCAUCGUGGCAACUUGCGAAAAAAAAGACGCGAGUUAAAGAUUGUUGUUUUCGUACAUGGAUUUCAGGGACAUCAUCUGGAUUUACGACUUGUUCGAAAUCAAUGGCUUUUGAUAGAUCCAAAGAUAGAAGUUCUCAUGUCACAGGUAAAUGAAGAAAAAACAUCAGGAGACUUCAGAGAAAUGGGAUUAAGGCUGGCAAGUGAAGUGAUCUCAUUUGUUAAAAGAAAAGUGGAAAAAUAUUCAAGAUCUGGUGGUCCAAGAGAAAUCAAGCUUAGUUUUGUUGGGCAUUCCAUUGGCAAUGUCAUUAUAAGAGCAGCAUUAGCAGAGAGCAUUAUGGAACCAUUACAAAGACACCUCUACACAUAUGUUUCUAUAUCUGGUCCACAGUUGGGGUAUCUUUACAGCUCGAACUCUUUAUUUAAUUCUGGGAUGUGGUUUAUGAAGAAGUUCAAAGGAAAUCAGUGCAUUCAUCAGCUCACUUUCACGGACGACCCAAAUCUCCAAAACACCUUCUUCUACAGACUCUGUGAGAAGAAGACAUUAGAGAAUUUCAAACAUGUAAUACUGAUUUCUUCUCCCCAGGAUGGUUAUGUGCCAUACCAUUCAGCCAGAAUGGAGUUAUGCCGAUCUGCUUCCAGGGAUUACUCAAGGAAGGGCAGAGUAUUUCUGGAGAUGCUGAACAAUUGCUUAGAUCAGAUACGGGCCCCAACCUCAGAGCAACGGGUAUUCAUGCGCUGUGAUGUCAACUUUGAUACAUCUUCCUAUGGCAAGAACUUUAACACUUUCAUCGGGCGGGCUGCCCAUAUUGAGUUCUUGGAGUCUGAUAUAUACGUAAGGUUCAUAAUGUGGUCUUUCCAGGAACUAUUUCGUUGAUGAGCCGCGUAUUUAUAUGAUCUCUGCCACCCCACUUUUGCUACUGUCUUGGCAGACUGCCUCGAGCCUUGGCGAUCAGAUUCAGAAAUGGUCCUUACUUGAAACAAGGAUCCCGACAAACGACUGGCGGCCACUCAGAAUAGACUUGAAGCAAUUAUUAACAGAAAAUAUGUCGUCGGGCGUUUUUCAAGUGUUGGUCGGGGUUGGGAAUUGGAUACCAUUAUUAAAAAAUCAUAAUAAUUAUAAUAAUAAUUUAGUAGGGUGACCUGAUUAUUAUUUUUAGAUUA